AUGAUGUCCGAUGUUAACGCCUGGUGGGUGGGCGGAUCCCUGCUACUGGGGACUUGGGCCAUCGUCGUAUUCUUUUCUCCGGAUCCCUUGGCUCAGUAUCCAUGCAUCAAUAGUAAGCGACCGGGGGAAUUGUUCUACACGAAAUCCAAGAUUCGCUUCAUUACCCAGGCGCGCAGUCUGCUGAAGGAGGGUCUCUCCAAGACGAACAAUGCGUUUCGUCUGGUAACAAACAACCGAAUACUGCUCGUACUCCAUUCCAAGUAUCGGCAUGAGCUUCGUGAUCACAAGAGUCUUAACAAUGCAAAGCCGCCCGAGGAUGAUUUCUUCGGCUGGCUUCAAGGCUUCGAACCCUUCAACCAUGAGAAGACAAAUCCCAAAGUCUUUGCAGCCAUGGUACGAACCAAACUGACUUCCUCCAUUGGCGCAUUGGGUAUUCCGCUCUCCGAGGAGACAGACUUUGUUCUCCGUCAACAGCUCACGGAUAGCUCAGAAUGGCAUCCGAUCAAUGUGAAGGAGACUUCCCUCCAGCUGGUGGCUCGCCUCUCCGCAAGAAUCUUCCUGGGCCCCCAAGUCUGCCGGAAUCCGGCCUGGAUAGGGAUCAUGAUUAACUACACUGUCGAGGCAUUUAUGACCGCUGAGAGUCUUCGAAUGUGGCCUCGCUGGUUACUCUGGCUGGUGCAUUGGUUUCUGCCCUCCUGCAAGAAGUUACGCAGCCAAGUCCAGGAGGCGCGCGGCAUUAUCUCACAAGUUCUAGAGCAACGAGAGCGAAACUCGAAAAGCGCCUUUGUUGAAACGGAGGCGAGGGAUGAGGUGGACACUGUCCAAUGGCUGGAGGACUGUGCUAAGGGAGGCUACUAUGACCCAGCCCUGCUUCAGAUGGGUCUGGCAGUCGUGGCGACUCAUACGAGCGCAGACCUUUUAUCACAGGUUAUCUUUGACCUCUGCGAACAUCCUGAGCUACUUCAGCCACUACGAGAAGAGAUUGUCAUGGUUAUUACCCAGCACGGUUGGAGUAAGAAUGCGAUCUACAACCUCAAGCUUCUAGAUAGCGUCCUGAAAGAAAGCCAACGACUGAAACCAAUGCAGAUCGUUUCUCUAUAUCGUUACGUGACGGCAGAAAUUACACUGAGUGACGGGACCCUCAUUCCCAAAGGAACCUAUAUCGCCAUGAUCGAUGACCACUCCCUGGACCCGAACUCUUCUUACACCAAUGGGGAUCAGUAUGAUGGCUAUCGGUUCAUCAAAAUGCGCGAGGUGCCAGAGCGAGCUCAUCAGACGCAGCUGGUCUCAGUCUCAUCGGAUCACACCGGCUUCGGCUUUGGCAAUCAUGCCUGCCCUGGACGCUUCUUUGCGGCUACGGAAUUGAAGAUUGCUCUCUGUCAUCUGCUACUCAAGUAUGACCUGAAGCUUGGUGAUCAGAAGCCGCAAACUAUGACGUAUGGGUUUGGGCUUUCCAGCGAUCCGUUUACGCAAGUCAGCGUUCGCCGCCGCCAGGAGGAGAUCUCAUUGGCCAACGGUGAAAGUUGA